GGUUGGGCCACCGGCUAGAAGGGGGCCGAGGAGGGGAGAAGCACACCACAUGGGGUGGAUUCGGAGGCCCUGUCGGGGGGAAGUGUGAGCCCCAGACUCCUCACCUAGAGGCCACGCUGCCUGGGGCUGUUCCCGCAACUUGCUCAGAGAGUCCAGGGUUAUUGUUUAAAAUGUUUACUCAUUUAUUUUGAGACAGACAGCAAGUGAGGGAGGGGCAGAGGCAGAGGGAGAGAGAAUCCCAAGCAGGCUCUGUGCUGGCAGCACAGAGCCCGACUCGGGGCUCGAGCUCAUGAAUCGUGAGAUCACGGCCUGAGCCGAAACCAAGAGCCGGAUGUUUAACUGACUGAGCCACCCAGGCGCCCCAGGUUAUUGAGAGGAGCAGGCCCAGUGAGGCCCCGAGGAAGCAGAAGGGUGGCUAGGGUGGAGCUUUGUGGGGACGCAAAGGGGAACGGACAGCCAGCAGGCCGUCCCCUCCCGUGAACCAGAGAGGAAGGAGGAACGCUGACCAGGAGGCCCGGAUGGAGAGGCGGCCUCCGUGGUGUCGGGCCCCGCCAGACCCGCUCUCGGGCCCCCAGCUCCUGGGUUUGCUCCUGUUUCCCUGGACCCUGCAGCUCGCAGAUUGCCUGUCACCGCUGUCACCCUACGUCGGCAGCGCUGAGUAGUUGCGAGAGAGACCAUCUGGCCCAUGAGGUGUAAGAUGUUUACUCUCUGGCCCUUUACGGAGCACGUCCGCCAGCCCCCGCUGUGGAGCGUCCCAUUGGAUGAACUCACCGCAAGUCAGUUAUGAUCCACACUUCACGCGCUUCCUGUCUGUGGCUAUGAACACUCAUGUGUGGUCUCCGGCCCUUGUGUGUUCAGUGCGUCCAGGGGACACGUUCCCGUUAAGGCUGCUUCUUUCCAAGCGGACUGUGAGCUUCGGGGGGGCUGGAAACCAUGCGGACUUUCGUGGUUCGAAUCCUCGACCCCCAGCUCGGUGCCUGGUCCUCGGGGGAGGUGCCGGAGAUACCACAGCAGGAAGGACUCAAGUCCUCAGCCACAGACAACCCCGGGAGGCGGUCCAAGAAGGCUGGGUGGAGACUGAUGCCUCCAGGAGAGGGAGCUGGGUCCAGGGGCAGGAGGUGGGCCCCGGGCUCCUCAGCUCAGGAGGACAGUUGGUGACCCACAUCGGCGCCCCCAUCAUGGUCUCUCUGGCCAACGAGGCCAUCUCCUUUGGCUGCAAAAUCUCCUACCCGCACACCCCCGAACUGAAGGAUUUCACAGCCUGGUACUUUCACGUGGACCUUCAGAGUCAGAGGAGCUCCGAGAAGCAGAUCAACUGCUCAGCCCACCCGGUCCAAGAGAACCAGACGCACAGCCUGAAAUGCUGGGUCACGCCCCAGCUGCCCAAUGCGUCAGCCACCGGUACCUACUACUGCUCCGUGCACUGGCCAAACUUGAUAAGAAUCAGCAAAGGAAUCUUCAUCCUGGUCCGAGACACAGGGUACCGAGAGCCCCCACAGGGCGCCCAGAAGCUUCUGCUCUUUUGCUUCACGGGCCUCCUGACCCUGCUGAGCAUCUUGGUCACGGCUCUGCUCCUCUGGAAGAAGGGACAGAUGCGGGCUCCCCCGAAGCGCCUGGACCCCGGCACCGCCCACGGCCAGGAGCAGCCUGUGGCCGAAUCCAUCUACGCAUCUCUACAGGGCAGAGACACUGAAAUCUACUCCUGCAUCCAGACCGUGCCCAGCAGCCUGCCCCCCAACCCAGAGCCUUGUCUCCCAGGAGAAAAUGCACAGAUUUACGAAUGACAGCGAAUUUAACCUGGUCUAUGAAAAUCUCUAAGAUGAGCUCCACGGGCCCUUCGGUCUCGCCCUGGAUCAGAUGCCCCACAGCAGCUCCUCCUUCCACAGGACCUGUCCUAUCCCAGGAGUGAGGCCCCAGGGGCAUCCCAUUACCUUGCCCCUACAUUCAAGGCACUUCCGGCCUUGGUCUGCCCCCUACCCCCUCCUUCCGUGUCCCAGCCAGACCCACCGGUCACAGCGUUUCACAUCUGGCCUUUGCCCCGACUGUCCCUUCUGCCCGGGAGCCCUUCCUCAGUCCUCACAGGCUCUCCUCAACACAGCCCCUCCCCAAGCCCUCCGCACCCUUUCAUGGGCUCUCUGGGCGCCAGCCUGCACCAUGGCCUGAGCCGGCGAGGCCAACCGUGAGCUCCUCGGGGAGGUUCCCAGCAAAGGACCCUUGUCGGUGCCGUGAGCGCAAGCAUCCGCAGGGAUGAAUAAAGGAACGAUUACACAAAUACCCCACCUCCGUGCCCCUGCCCGGCUAGGUCAAAGGCACCAGGCGGCGGCCGCACAAAGUGGAGGAGGGGGCUGGCACAGGAGGAAUGGGGUGUGGGCCCGAAGGAGCUGUGCAGAGGCAGGGCUGGGCUCUGGGACAGAGCCAGAGGCCAAGGAGGUGGCUGAGUGCCGGUCAUCAGGCUGGGGGCCUGGAGGAGGGCAGCUGAGGAAGCAGAUCCGGCACAUUUGGGGCAGAUGCUGGCCAAACGGGCUGAACCUCCUGAAGCUCUCCAUCCCCCAACGGGGACCCCAAAGCCAUCUCCCAUCGGCCUGGCCCUCUACACGCUCUGCCGACACCUGCAGCCCUCCUCCACCCUCAGGGCCUCAGCGACUUCUCCUUCCCCCAGAGCCCUCACCGUCUGAUCUACGCGGACGCCACCCACCUCCUCCCUCUGUCUGCCUUGUGCACCUGCCCCAGUGCUUCGGGGCACCUCCUCACACGCUCUAGCCGAGUGGUUUGGUGCCUGGGGCUCCUCUGGGCUGCAGGAGGGCCCCCUCGAUGUGGCCACAGCGCAGGCCCCGUGCAGACAGUGGCCCUCAGUGCUUGCACAGAGCCGUUUCUGGGGCUCCAAGUCCUCAGCAGCCCUGCUGGAACCCAUUACACAGGCAGGAGGGGGCUAAGGUGGGGAUCACCUGGGCUGUUGGGCUCUGCUCCUUCCCUCCCCUGCUCUCCUCCACCCCUGCUGCUCUCCGAGAUCUCAUUUGUAAAAUCCUCCCUCCCACCCCCGCGCUCUUCCCAGAGGUCCUUGAGGGAGGGGCCCUUGCACACAAACCCCAAACGUGUCUAGGGACGCUGGGGGGGCCCAAGGCAUGAGCCCCGGCCCUGGUCCCUGAGCCAUACUGGGCAGCUUGAAGGCAGCACUGGGUCUGCAGGUCAGGCCCUUCCCUCAGGGUAGAUGGGCUGAGGGGUCUUGGGGGAGGGGAAGCAGUAGACUGGCAUUCGAAAGAAAUCCCGGCCCCUCUGCUAGGCUGGCCCGCAGCCUCCUUGGGCCCACAGGACAGGGCAGCCCACAGCCUCCAAGCUUGGUUCUGAGCCUGGUCUGUGAGCACAGCGCAAGGAAGGCUCUAGUGGGAUUAUAAGGCUGAGUGGAGAGGGCCCUGCUCACCAGGAGGCUGGAGUUGAAUGAAUUCCUUGCCUGUUCAGGGGGCGAAGCUGCCUGCAGAAGUGUCUUCCAGGCUCCGGACUCCAACAGGCAGACUCCAACAGCCCGAGGCAGAGGCCAGGG